AUGAACUGGAUGACCCGGCUAGGCGAUUUCCUACGGACGCAAGUGCAAGGCGGCAUGGAGACCAGGACUACGAUGACGCGUCAGCAAGUUGUGGGCUCGAGAGAACUGGGUGGCUUGGUUGUGCAACAGGAGCAGCUGCAACACACUACUUCCCAGCCGGCAUCUCCCCACAACCGCUUGUAUCCUGCCGCACCUUCGUCACCUUUCCGGGAUGACAUGGGAGAAGGGGAACAAGAUCCACCCUUGUUUGGGGUUGGAGCUCGGCGCGUGAUGGAAAGCUGGGCCCAGCGGGCUCCUCUUCUACAUGGAGGGCAGAGGACUCAACAAGGGCCGGGGACGGAUGCAGGGUCUACCGGGUCUAUACCAAGGGAAGUGGUCCAAGAAGAAGUUCGUCGGCAGGUGCAGGAAGCUUUGGAGGGUCAGCGUCGAUCGUUGGAGCGUCUUCAGGAGGAGAAUCGGCUGUUAAAAGAUGAAAUGAGGAGCCGUGAGGGCAUCGGGCUGCAUCCUCGCACGGUGUACCAGAAGGGCAUCGGGCUGCAUCCUCGCACGGUGUACCAGAAGGGCAUCGGGCUGCAUCCUCGCACGGUGUACCUGACGGGCAUCGGGCUGCAUCCUUACAUGGUGUACCAGAAGGGCAUCGGGCUGCAUCCUUGCGUGACGUACCAGAAGGGCGUCGGGCUGCACCCUCGCAUGGAGUACCUGAGGGGCAUCAGCAAUCAGCUUUUCAGAGUCGUGGAGUACCUGAGGGGCAUCAGCAAUCAGCUUUUCAGAGUCGUGGAGUACCUGAGGGGCAUCAGCAAUCAGCUUUUCAGAGUCGUGGAGUACCUGAGGGGCAUCAUCAGUCAGCUUCCCAGAGUCGUGGAGUACCUGAGGGGCAAGGACGAGUGGGGCAUCAGGACUUCGCCGCUGGGGCGAACUCGGAGGAAGCCAUCUUCGUCACCUACGAGACCGGCUGAGGGCCUGGGUCGGGCUAGUUUUGCCUACGGUGUGACGGGCCUCUUGGAUGGAGAUGGAUACAGCUUUCCGCAGAGCGAGCGAGUAUACCGUCAGCCAAAGUACCAGGAGACCAAGACCUUUGGCGACUAUGAUGUGUCGGUGCCACCUGGCCUAGGUUUCUCGGCUGAAGGAGCGAAAGAGGCACCGAGAUCGGCUCCCGCGGAACCCUCGACGGCACCAGCCACUGGAGAUGCGGCCAAUCGGGAGCCGAAUCCGCUCGAGGUUCUCAUCACUGGAAUGACCCAGUUGCAACAGCUCUUGUUGAAGAAGGGUGAAGGACUGGAUGUGGAGGCAAAGGGGAUGCCGGAGUUGCCCAAGCUUUCGGAGUACAGCCCGGAAACGGGAGCGAUAGAGUUUCAGGACUACUUGUACCUGGUGGAGCAGCAGAUCGGCUCACUCGCUAGUGGAGCGGGGGAGUGGUGGCAGAAGACCUUGGAGGUGGCCCAGGCUGCGUAUACCGAGUACCAAGCGCUCUCACCGGUGAAGAGGCUGGGGGUGAAGGCUCAGUUGACGGCUGAGCUUAAGGAGGAGCGAUACCGCCGGUUAGAGAAGAAGGUCGCGGCGAUGCUGUUGAGCUCCUUGCCAAAGGGGGUCAAGGACGACCUCAUCGCGUACCGCGUGCAGGGGGUCCACCAGAUCCUCUACCGGCUGAUGGUGAUCUUCCAGCCCGGCGGAGCCCAAGACCGAGCACAGCUGCUGAGACAGCUGGACAUUUCAGAAUCCGCAGCGGGCCCAAGCGAGGCGGUCGUGAGCAUCCGGAGGUGGUACAGGUCCCUGAAUGCCAUUGUCAAGAAGACUGCGGAGCAGAACAGUGACUUCAAGUUCCGCUUGGCCCUGGCGAGGACGGAGCUUCAGAUCGAUACUCGGCCCAACCAAGGAAAUGUCCUGAAGUACAUGCAACACCUCUUGGCUGAAUUGGAGCAGCUUGGGUCCUUGGUCAGGAAACCGGCCGCUACUUCGUCGACUACGGCACCGACGACCUCUACCACAACGGCGGCCACAACACCGGCAGCUACGGGAUCCGCAUCUUUGAAGGGCUUGCAGGGCAGUGAUCCUGUGCCAAAGGGAAAUGGCAAGGCUAAGGCACCACCGGGGAAGAAACCGUGUCAAUGGUUCUCCACAGAUGUCGGGUGCCGCAAUGGACGUGACUGCACCUUUCAGCACUCGUGGACCGGCCUCAACAGGUCCGAACGUUGCAUCCUUUGUGGGUCAAAGCAGCACAGGGCGAAGGAAUGUACGGCUGGCAAGGCUGGCUGCCGGCGCGGCUCCUUCUUCGACUCCUUCGUUGGCGGCUGCGACACAAAGGGACACAACCCAGAAUGCUGCGAGCGCUCCAACGACUUCAUCUACGACCUCCGGCUCUACCUCGACGGCUAA